AUGAGUUUACCUCUUUCAGGAUGCGCAAAACACGCUGCCGGUCAAAGUCGGGCCGGUUUAAGCGAUGUCGUUGUGGAGAUCGCCGAUAUUCAAUACGACCAAGGAGUCGUUGUCGACGAAGAUCGCGAUCUCGUCGGCGCAGAUCAUGUUCUCGCCGGAGCCGGGGACGGUACAACUGGAGAUGCCGAUCUCGCUCGGGGAGAUUUAAGAGAUGCAAACGUUGCGAUCGAAGAUACCGUCUAA